ACUGGAGAGAUAACACACCGCAUGCUGACAGCUACGCAGUAUAUUGCUCCACUCAUGGCAAACUUUGAUCCCAGUUUUUCUAAAAACUCCACUGUGCGGUAUCUGGACAAUGGUGACAUAUUUGUGGUGCAGUGGGACAACGUGAGGCUGAAAGAUCGAGAGACUGAAGGAGCUUUCACCUUCCAGACUGUUCUCUGUCAUAACGGGACCAUUGUUUUCAGCUACAAAGACGUUCCUUUGCCUGUGGAGAAAAUCAACUCCACUGAGCAUCCAGUGAAAGUGGGACUCUCUGAUGCCUUUAUGGCUCUUUUGUCUUCUCCACAGUCUCCAGGUGCUAAACGGCAGACUAUUUAUGAGUACCAUCGGGUGGAGAUUGACACAACAAAGAUUGUCAAUAUCUCAGCAUUUGAGUUUACCCCCUUACCAACCUGCCUCCAGCACAAUUCCUGUGAACAAUGUAUCCAGUCCAACCUGACAUCAGGCUGUGGGUGGUGCAAUACUCUACAAAGGUGUUCGACUGGAAUAGACCGAUACAGGCAAGAAUGGCUGGACUACAGUUGCUCUGAGGAGGCAAAAGACACAUGUGACGAUUAUGCACACAGAGGACCAGAGAGUUCAGUCAGCCCUUUUAAUUCAUCAUCGUCAGUGAUGACUCCGUCCCCUGCAGCUCGACCCGCUAAUCCUGUGACCGAAGAUGACACUAAACUUCUCUUUCACCACAAUGGCAAUGGUGAGGAAGCGCCAGAACACACAGCCAUCAUUGCAGGUGUGGUGGCAGCUCUGGUUCUACUAGUGUUCUUGACCCUGUUGGCUGUCUACUACAUUAACACACAUCCAACUGUUGCUCCUCCUUUCUACCUCAUGCAGCGUCGCACCAAUAACUAUUGGCCUUCUGUGAAGUUUCGGAAUCAAGGAUGCCAUUCCAGCUAUGCUGAGGUUGAUCUUGGGGGUUACGAAAAAGAGGGGUUCAUUGAGGCGGAGCAGUGCUGAGCAGGCAGGACUUUAUGUUCAAGGGAUGGACUAAAGAAAAAGUGAUUUUGUUUUUGUUUUUUUUCUUGAAUAAUUUUAGGAUCAUGGACAAACACACAAUGCGAGGCUGUCACUGUUGAAAAAUAUCAUUUGACAGUUUUGUGAGCUUUUCUCUGUCUCUGACUCCCCACAGUUGGCAGUCAAAACCUUUUAUGCUGUUGUUUAUAGUAAAGGGAAUUUUAAGUUCUAAGAGGUACUAAUUGUAACAAAGACCAGCAAAUCUGCUAACGACACUCCGUAAUAAUGGGUAUGUGUUAGCCAAAAUGAUUGCAAGUUAAUGUACAGUGCAACGUAUCUUUAUAGAGUUUUUUUUUAAAGAUAUUUUG